CAACAUUGGGUGCAACACCGUAUAAGGGUUUGAAGAACAAAUUACCAUGGAUGUUUAGAUGCUUGGGAUGUCCUUUUUUGGGCCUGUUUUACUUUUGUAACGUGGGAACCAGAAACUAUAAAGUUAAAAGUGAAGACAUUGAAAUUGAGAUGAGCGCAAUAAAACUGAAACAAUUCCAUGAGGAACCGUAA